CUCAUAUUGUUACGUAUUCUCUUCUUAAAGAUGGCAUUUAUUAAAGAGGAGACUGAAGACAUAAAGGUGGAGUUUAUUAAAGAGGAGACUGAAGACAUGAAGAUUGAAGAAACAUUCAGUGUGAAACAUGAAGAUACUGAGGAACAAACAGACCUGAUGGCACUGAAAGAGGCGAGUCAUGAACUUAAGGAAAGGGAAGAAGAGAAAGAACAUUACGAUAAACAUCAUGAUUUCAUGAUUGGAGAAAGAUUGACACAGGCUAAAAAGUCUUCCUCACAAAAAAGAGCUCAAAAGACAGGAACUAAAAGUUAUUUCACCUGCCAACAGUGUGGAAAGAGUUUUGACCAACAUAGAAACCUUCAAGUCCACUUGAGAGUUCACACUAGAGAGAGCCCCUUUACUUGCCAACAGUGUGGAAAGAGUUUCACACAUGAAGAAAACCUUCAAGUCCACACAAGAAUUCACACUGGAGAAAAGCCUUACACCUGCCAACAAUGUGGAAAGAGUUUUACUGUGAAAGGAAACCUUAAAGUCCACAUGAGAAUUCAUACUGGAGAAAAGCCUCACACCUGCAAACAAUGUGGAAAGAGUUUCAGUCAAAAAGGAAUCCUUAAAGACCACAUGAGAAUUCACACUGGAGAAAAGCCUUAUACCUGUCAAGAGUGUGGACAGAGUUUCACUGUAAAAGGAAACCUUAUAGUCCACAUGAGAAAUCACACUGGAGAGAGUCCAUUUUCCUGUAAACAGUGUGGAAAGAGUUUCACUGGAAAAGGAAACCUUGAAAUCCACAUGAGAAUUCACACUGGAGAGAAACCUUUCAUCUGCCAGCAAUGCGGACAGAGUUUCACACAUAAAGGAAACCUUGAGAUCCACAUGAGAAUUCACACUGGAGAAAAACCUUUCACCUGCCAGCAAUGUGGACAGAGUUUUACACAUAAAGGAAACCUUAAAGUCCACAUGAGAAUUCACACUGGAGAAAAGCCUUAUACCUGCACUCUGUGCGGGAAUGGCUUCACACGGGAACGAAACCUUAGGAAACACAUGAAUACUCACACCGGAGAGAAGCCUUUUACAUGUGAUCAGUGUUGAAAGAGUUCCAGAUUUAAAGGUGACCUUAAGGUCCACACGAGGAUUCACUUGAAAGAGAACUGUUUUAAAAUGUGUCACUGUGGAAAGAGCAGAGGUGUAAAGAGUGUCUGAAAACCAUACUUGAGUAAAAGUACAGAUACCUGACAGCAAAAAGUACUCCCAUUACAAGUUAAAAGUGACAUUCUAAUACAACUUGAGUAAAAAUCUUGGAGCAUCUGAUUUUAAUAUUACUGAAGUAUUUUACUCAUGCUAAAUGUAGGCUUAAAGAUGCACUAGUCCUCAACACCUGAGAGAAAUGCCAGUAAAAAUAAACAAUUGAUUUGAUUAAUGAGAAAUCAUGUUUUUUCCUAAAAUCAAAACAAAACUGAACACCUCAACAUUGCAAUAAAUCAAGGUUGACACAACAGGUCCCCUAUCAUCUUGAUGGAGGUCAAUGCAACCAGAGUACUUAAAGUAACUUUAAUCAUGCCAUGUUUAGUGUCUAUGAGUUCAUAUCGAAAAGAUUUAAAUGCUUGUGUAUACGGUAUGUCCAUACCUGUGCAACACAUCAGCAUUACAAGGAUCUUUAAUAGUUCUUAUUCAAAAACUCAGCUUGGUAAUCUUUCUUGGUCAUAAAAAGCCCUGAUAGGAGGUGUGUUGUCGCCCGGAAAUACAACACCUUCAUUGGCUACAUCAACUUUAAGAGGUUGGACUUUGACCAGAGGUUAAAAGCUAGAGGACAAUGUCACUCCUUCUCUUUUCCUUGCUUCUGGGAGCACUAAACAAUCUCCUUGCUGAAAGCCUCUUCAGGCCAAGGCCUACACACCAGCCACGUUCUCAACAUCCAACAUAAAAAAAGACUGGCAACAACGUCAGACGAAAACCUCAAGAUUUAUCCUCAACCUGCAGAUCUGACGCUCCUCAGCCUAAAGGCAUCUUGCAAGCAUCGUACAUUUUAACAUUAAACAGCGAUUUAGUAUUGAUUUGUAAAACUUACCUUUGUCAGCAAAGGUGUUUUUAUUACUGAAGAGACUGAUGAUUCUUUUCCAGAUUGCCUUUGACUUUUUCCUAUAGCUCUAUCAAUAGUUCCACUUCCGGUUCAACUCUAUCAUUGCUCAUUCUUACCUACUUAUGUGUGUGACCUUGUAUGUUAUGUGUU